UUCCAAACAAAACAAACUAUAAAAAAAAAAAAACAGAACAAAACUCUCUCUCUUUCUCUCUUUCUCUCUCUCUUGUUUCCUCAAGCUCUAUAGAACUGAUCGGCGAUAAUGGCAAAGUGUCACCGUAACAAUGUAGAUUCUCUUAUCCUUCACCGUAUACCCUCCGCUUCUUCUUCUUCUUCCUCCGCCUCCGGAAACACUUUCUCCGGAUCAUCAUUGCGCAGGAUCAUCUUCGACGCAAUUAGCUGCGGCGGUAGCUCUCGUUACCAACGUGAACUCCGAGAAGAAGACGACGAAGAUGCUUCCAAAUCGAUAACAAUCGGAGAGGAUUUAGCAAGGAAAUCAGAGAAGCUUUGUGAUCUGUUAAACUUAGCGGUGAUAGAGAGUGUUGUUGAGACGAAGAAGAAGGAGGAAACACUUGAGAUUCUAAAACGUGUUGUUAGAGAUUUACAAGUGGAGGCGGAGACGGCGGAGAAGAAAAUAGUGGCGGCUAGUGAGGUUAGGUUGUUAGCAAAAGAUGAUACGGAGGCGAGAGUGACACUUGCGAUGCUCGGUGCGAUUCCACCGUUGGUUAGUAUGAUCGACGACGACGAUUCACAAAUCGCUUCGCUUUACGCUCUUCUCAAUCUCGGAAUCGGCAAUGAUGUGAACAAAGAAGCCAUUGUUAAAGCAGAAGCUGUUCACAAAAUGCUGAAGCUAAUUGAGUCAUCAAAGCCUCCAAAUCAAGCGAUUUCGGAGGCUAUUGUCGCGAAUUUCCUAGGGCUAAGCGCAUUAGAUGCCAAUAAACCGAUCAUCGGUUCCUCGGGUGCAAUUAUCUUUCUAGUGAAAACUUUGAAAAACUUCGAGGAAACUAGCAGCUCACAAGCUAGAGAAGACGCUCUUCGAGCUCUUUACAACCUUUCAAUCAAUCAACAAAACGUUUUCUUCAUCCUUGAAACAGAUUUGAUUCCAUAUCUCUUGAACACAUUGGGAGACAUGGAAGUAAGCGAGAGGAUUCUCGCCAUCUUAACCAAUGUGGUAUCCGUCCCUGAAGGACGGAAAGCGAUAGGGGGUGUGGUUGAAGCGUUUCCUAUAUUGGUAGAUGUACUGAAUUGGAAUGAUUCAAUAAAAUGUCAAGAGAAAGCAAUUUACAUCCUUAUGUUAAUGGCUCAUAAAGGGUAUGGAGAUCGGAAAGCGAUGAUCGAAGCGGGUAUUGAAUCUUCAUUGCUUGAACUAAUACUUGUAGGAAGUCCAUUGGCGCAAAAGCGAGCCUCAAGGGUACUAGAGUGUUUGAGAAUGGUGGACAAAGGGAAGCAAGUCUCAGCUCCGGUUUAUGGAAUAUCUUCUUCUUCUUCAUUGGGUAGAGAGAGAGGUCAUGAUCUAAGGAUGAGUGAUGAGAGAAAAGCAGUGAAGCAGUUAGUGCAACAGAGUUUACAAAGCAACAUGAAGAGGAUUGUGAAGAGAGCUAAUUUACCACAUGACUUUGUUACUACUUCACAGCAUUUCUCAAAGAGCUUAACUUUCUGAAUCCAAGAAACAAAGUUUGUAUCAUUGUUAAUCGUUUUCCAAUAAAAUUUGUUACUAGGAAAUAUUCUAGAAGAA